AUAUUGCUCUUAUAGUUAUGUAUCAAUUUAUUAACUCAACCAUAAACUCAGUUUUAACCCUUGUAAACAACGCUGUUGUGUUUGUGGAUGAUGCAACUGCUGAAGUUCUACAUUGGUGCAAUGGGCUUUCAAAAUUACUAGAUGCUGGUGCUUUGGCUAUAAGAGACAUAAAACAUGCUAAGGAGUGUCUGGAAUCAGAGAAUAAAUGCGUCUUCCUUAUAUCAACACCUCUGAAUGGCCAAGUAUCAAAAUAUAUUCAGCGUAUAGUAAAAAAUAGUGACUUUAAUCACUGUAUAAUUUCGUCAUCAUUAUCCAGUGAAAUGAAUGAGUUUAUUUCCAAUUCUACAAAUCAGCUCACAGCAUUUGAUAACUUCUGUCAUCAGCUGAGGUUAUGGAUGCAGAAUGAGUUUGCUACGACAACCCUUCAUCAUAUACCAUUUUCAUGUAUUGAGAUUGUACCUGAUUUUUUUAUUACUCCAAUACACAAUAGUUUAUUUCCAGUCCUGCCAUCAGAUGUAGCAAGGCUGCAAGCAUUUCUUUACAGUAGGGGGGAUAAGAGAAUAUUUAACAAUUUGGGAGAUGUAGAUGUUGGUUUUCUUCCACACAAUAUGCGGUGUCAAAUAAAGAUGCUUGCCUCUACACUAAACAGUAUGUUUGAAUCAAUGAGUAUUCAUGAGGAUUGCUAUGCUGUGGGACAUUUCAGUAGACUUGUAGCCACAGAACUUGCAAACAUGCCAGAUGCUAGGGGAAGAAGAAAGUUGGCAUCAUCCAGAGCAUCAAUCGUUUUUGUGGACAGAACAUUGGAUUUAGUUGCUCCUAUCAGUCACACAUCAGAUUGUGUCCUGGGAAGCAUAUAUGAAAUUCUUCCACUUCUGCGAAAUCAGAAUAAUGAUGUUGCCAUUGACAUGAAAAUGCUAUUCGCAGAUGGAAACUCUACACCGAGUACAUUAUUUCCUGGAUGUUUUGCCUAUAAUGAAGAUGAAGAAGCAGAAAACGCACUGCAAAUGUUCAUCAAGAAAUCCAAAAAGGAAUGUCUCAAAUAUGUAUGUGAAAAGCUUAAAAUCUUUUUGCAUUUUGAGAAUAUUGUUGUAAAAAACAUCGACGAGGGUUCUACAUUAUCCAGUUUAAAAGCACUUUUGAAAUAUUUCAAAAACAAUAUUCAGUUAUUAAAAAAGUACAGUGGUGUGCUCCAAUGUGCUGUAGCACUGGUAAAUGCAUUAACUGAUACAGAAAAUGAGCAUUUGGAUGAGCUGUUAAGUGCAGAAAAAGUUAUUCUGUUGGAUGUUGCAUCAGGGGAAAGUGAUCCAUUUUCACAGAUACUUAGGUUAUUGUCCAAGAAAGAUAGCAAGAGAUUCAGCGUUGUUGACGCCCUUAUGUUUUGUCUAUUUAUAUACUCUGCUGGUGAUGACGUCAGCAAUACGUCUGCAGCUUAUGAAGCAAAGUUAAAAGAAGCGUUGAUAAACAUACUGAUGGAUGGUAACCAUAAGGAAGAUAUUUUAUUUCUUAUUGGUGACCUUGAUGCCAGCGAACGUCAAGUUAGAACACGUAUGGCUGAUAUAUUCGAACGACUUCGAGGUAUUGGAGAAGCGCGGAAAGAAAUGCAACAAUUAAGAUCAGUGUUCAAUAAAGACGACAAUGGUGUUAUGAAGUACAAACCGAUAGUUGCUCAGAUUCUUGAACUGAUAUUUGAUCCUAGGAAACCAGAACUGCAGGACAUUGAAUUUCGUUCUCACGGUUUUAAAGAUUUCCUGAAAACUGGAUUUGGAUUUUUCAUGAAUGUGAGCAAACCACGGCCAGAAGAUCAUCCCGUAUUAUUAUUUGUUAUUGGUGGCAUCACGUGGAACGAAGUUAAGUGUGUGAAGGAAACCUUAGCGAAACUGAAACCAAAUCAAAAGGUGACAAUCGCGAGCACAAGAUUACUGACGCCGUCUGUCACGCUCGAGCAAGUCUUGUGUUUAGACAACCUUUACGUAGACGUAGAGACAUGACAAAAUUUAGCGGAAGGAGAUUGGAGAUCUAGUUUGGUACAUUCGGGUGUGUUUACGUACCAACACUCGGAAACACAGAAACUCAUGUGUCUGCUGAAAAAGAAGAUUCGUCCUUCAAGGACGAUGUGAUUUAUACUUUUAAAAAGCUUAGAUUUUGUACAUACCCAUUUUGGUGCAGAUUAAUCAAAUAUAUUUAUGACAGCAAAUAAAAGUAAAAAUAGCUAUUA